GUGCUGAAGAUGACGCGGGCCCUUAAACUGCAAAUGAAGCUCCACCCAACGCUGGUUUGCUAACCACGGGUGUACCCUGUCUACUAAUGUCCCAAGUAAGUUAAUAAGGUAAUAAUAACAUAGCGGCUCCAUGCUGUCACUAUGUCUAUGACUGACAUGUCCCAGGUGCUCGACAUUCUCCGGUCACUGUAUCAGCACGUGCAGACACUGGAGGAGUUUGCGGGCAGCAUCGUGUUCAGAGAAGGACAGAGAGCAGCGCUCAUUGAACAGCCCGACACAAACCGCUUCAAAUCCUUCGUUCGGGGUAUUUUUGUGUGCUUUGACAAGGAACUACGGCAAGUGCCAAGCUGCAACCAGAUCUGCACUCUGCCUGAACUGCUGGCCUUUGUUCUUAACAGUCUGAAAAGAAAAAAAAAAAGAAAUGUCUUGGCACAUGGCUACAAUUUUCAUUCUCUGGCUCAAGAGGAGCGGGACGCAGACCAUUUUAAAUUCCAAGGAGAUGUAACUCAAAGCGCUGCCUAUAUCCAUGGCAGUGACCUGUGGAAGAAAGUCACAGUACGUCUCGGCACAGAUAUCACACGGUACCUGUUGGAGAGCUGCUCUCUGUUUGUGGCCGUCCCUCCUUCAUGUGUUUUCCAGGUGUGCGGCGUGCCUGUCUAUGACAGGGUCUCAAUGGCUACUGCCUCCUCUGGAUUUUACCUCCAGCCUCGGCCCAGGUCACGCAGCGGCGUUAAAUUCAGAAGGCAUCGAGGUGCGGUGCAGGGAGUUGACAUUCCUUUCAACAAGAAGAGCAACAGAAGGGAUGUAAGAGUGAAGACGGGGAAAAGAAAGAGAGAAAUUGAUCAGAUGGACGAGGAGGAGAUUAUGACUUGUUCAGGAAAGAGGAGGCGGGUAGGACAGCAAGAACCCACGCAAGAAAUCAAUCCUGUUUGCUAUGAAACAGUGGAGGAAGGGCAGCACAUGUAUGUGGAACCAACAUUAUCUGUGAAGCCUUUGGAAAAUGGCGUUCCUGGUUCCAGACAGCCUGUUGAAAUACAAACAACCAUACUUCCCUUGGAGGGAGGACCCAGUUGGAGAUCGGGGAUUUUCCCCCCUUUGCCCCCCUCACAGUGUUUUAUCCGCACACUUGGAUUCCUUUAUGGAGGAAGAGGCAUGCAUGGCUUCCUCCUCAAUAGGAAGAAGAAGACUGCUGAUGGAUGCAGAAGGCUACAAGGGCAAGAUUUGGUACGAACAGUCUUUUUUGAGGGAAUGGCGUAUCUAAAUGGGACAGAGAGGAAGCCAAAGAGACUCCCCCGGCGCUUUUUUAAUAUGGUCCCCCUGUUCAGUCAGCUGCUGCGUCAACACAGGAGAUGCCCCUACAGCAGAAUACUGCAGAGGAUGUGCCCUGUGGUGGAGGAGAGAGACGCAGGCCAACAGGAAAUAAGCUCCCUCUUGCCUCAGCACUGUGCACCUCAACGGGUUUACCUGUUCGUCAAGGAGUGCCUCUCCGCUGUGAUCCCCCAGGAGUUGUGGGGCUCCGACCACAACCGACUUAAUUUCUGUGUCAGGGUCAGGGGCUUCUUGCGCAGUGGCAAGUUUGAGAGGCUCUCACUGGCUGAACUGAUGUGGAAGAUAAAGGUGAACGACUGCGACUGGGUGAAGAUCAGUAAAACAGGCAGGUUCCCGCCCAGUGAGCUCUCAUACCGAACACAGAUCCUAGGUCAGUUCCUGGCUUGGCUUCUGGACGGCUACGUUGUAGGCCUGGUUCGAGCCUGUUUCUAUGUCACUGAGAGCGUGGGCCAGAAGAACGCUGUCAAGUUCUACAGACAGGAAGUCUGGACAAAACUGCAGGACUUGGCCUUCAGAGGUCACCUCUCCAAGGGUCAGAUGGAGGAGUUGACUCCGGCUCAGGUGGCGUCCCUCCCCAAAGCCACCGUCAUCUCCCGCCUUCGCUUCAUUCCCAAGACUGAUGGCAUGAGGCCGAUCACACGAGUCAUAGGAGCAGAUGCCAAAACAAGAGUCUACCGAGUGCGUGUCCGGGACUUGCUGGAUAUGCUGCGGGCCUGUGUGCGCUCCACUCCAUCCCUCCUGGGCUCCACGGUGUGGGGGAUGACCGAUAUCCACAAGGUGUUGGGCUCUAUAGCUCCGGCCCAGAAGGACAAGCCUCAACCACUCUACUUUGUUAAGGUGGAUGUGAGUGGAGCCUAUGAGAGUCUGCCCCAUGACAAACUCAUUGAGGUGAUAGGCCAGGCUCUGUCACCUGUCCAGGAUGAACUCUUUACAAUCCGCCGCUAUGCCAAGAUCUGGGCUGAUUCCCACGAGGGCCUGAAAAAGUCCUUUGUUAGACAGGCAGAUUUUCUGGAGGAUAACAUGGGAUCCACCAACAUGAAAGGCUUUGUGAUGUCACUGCAGAAAAGAGGAAAAGUUCAUCAUGCCAUACUGGUAGAACAGCAUUUCUGCUCAGACCUUCAUGGCAGAGAGGCAUUGCAGUUCUUCACCCAAAUGCUAACUGGCAGCGUUGUUCAGUUUGGGAAGAAAACAUACCGUCAGUGCCGAGGGAUUCCUCAGGGGUCGGUUGUGUCCAGUCUGCUCUGCUGUCUCUGCUAUGGUCACAUGGAGAAUGUCCUGUUCCAAGACAUUACUGAAAAGAAAGGAUGUUUGAUGAGACUGGUUGAUGACUUCCUUCUGAUCACCCCAGACUUACACAAAGCACAAACCUUUCUCAAGAUCUUGCUGGCUGGGGUACCACAGUAUGGUCUGGUGGUCAACCCACAGAAGGUGGUGGUCAACUUUCAGGUGUCUGAAAACUUAGGCUCUUGUCCCGACAUUCGUGUGCUGCCCCCUCGCUGCCUCUUCCCCUGGUGUGGACUGCUGCUGGACACGCACUCACUGGACGUCUACAAAGACUAUUCUAGCUAUGCAGGCCUGUCUCUGCGCUACAGCCUCACCUUGGGCUCUUUCCACUCAGCUGGACAGCAAAUGAGGAGGAAACUGAUGUCUAUCCUCAGACUCAAGUGCCACGCCUUGUUCUUGGACCUGAAGACCAAUUCUCUUGAGGCAGUCUACAAGAACAUCUACAAAAUGGUGCUGCUUCAUGCAUGCAGGUUCCAUGUGUGUGCCCAGAGUUUGCCCUUUGGUCAGACUGUUGCUAAGAACCCUGUCUACUUCUUGCAGAUGAUAUGGGAUAUGGCUGAGUAUGCCAAUCGGCUCAUCAGGAUCAGCAACAAAGGACAGAUUUUAGGCAGUAGUGCCCAGACCGGCAUUGUGCAGUAUGAAGCAGUGGAGCUGCUUUUCUGUCUCUCCUUCGUGCUUGUGCUGUCACAACACCGUCCUCUAUAUAAGGAUCUGCUUCCACACCUGCAUAAACGGAAGCGCAGUCUAGAGCAGCGUCUGGGGGAUCUGAGGCUUGCCAGGGUCCGUCAGGCCACUAACCCCAGGACCCCAGUCGACUUCUUGGCCAUCCAAAUGUAGACUACCAUCAAGCCCUAAUCACAGCUGCCAACACAACCAAGAAACCCUCAGCAGCUGAAAGGUUUCGAGGAAGUGAGAUGAGCAAUGUGUUGAAAUCAGCCAUUUAGCUGAUCUGUCAGUGUGUUAUAGUGUUGUAAGAGAAAACAGUCCUGGGUCAACAAGAUAUAAAACAUUUAAGUGAUAAACCCUGGUCAUAAACACUCCCGUAUGAUGCAACCACAAGAUCAAUAAAGAUGGAUUUUUGAAAAACAUCCA